AUUAUAUUACAUUUCUGUGAUGUCAGCAAGUAUUUAACUCUUUUUACUAUUUUCAUCUCUUUCAAAAGAUUUACAUUAUUUAAUGUAAAUACAAACACAUGACGUUGAACAAGUUCUAAUUUGCUUCAAGAUUAUUUUUACAAAACAUUUUUCGCUAAUAAAAACAGAAUGCGGUUCAUACAGUUUUUAAGGAAAAAUGAUCCAAAAAAAUAUUUGGGCGUUGCUGAUUUUAAUUGCGAACGUAUGUGGGAUUUAUCAACUGCAAACCUAGGAUGUUCGAAUGAAAUGGUUAAAUUUAUAGAACAAAAUUUCAAAAUUAGUGAAUUAAAUAAGAAAUUAGGAGGGCUGCAGGAAGAAAUGAUAACCGAAGACAUAAAACUGCUACCACCUGUAACAAAUCCAAAAAAAAUUAUAGCGAUCGGAUUAAAUUAUGUUGACCAUUGUAUUGAGCAAAAUAAAGAAAAACCAAAGGAACCAAUUUUUUUUAGUAAGUUUUCUAAUUGCUUAAUUGGUCCAGGAGAUAAUAUUUUAUAUCCACCUGUAACUAAUUCAUUAGAUUACGAAGUUGAAUUGGCAGUAAUAAUUGGAAAAAAAGCAAAAGAUGUACCUAAGCUUAAAGCAAUGGAUUAUAUUUUUGGUUAUACCAUCGCUCAGGAUAUAACAGCCAGGGACUGGCAAAAACAAAAAAACGGUGGACAAUUUCUUUUGGGGAAAUCAAUGGACACCUUCUUGCCUCUUGGUCCUUCAAUUGCACAUAAAAGUAUUAUUGAAGAUCCAGAAAACUUAACUAUUAGCUGCAAAGUAAAUGGAAUUGAGAAGCAACACCAAAAAACUUCAAAUAUGAUUUUCAAAAUUGAUGAAAUGAUAUCAUAUUUAUCUCAAAUGAUAACUCUUGAACCUGGUGAUGUAAUCUUAACUGGAACACCUGGUGGAGUUGGUGCUCAUCGUAAACCACCAGAAUUUUUAAAAGUCGGAGAUGUAGUUGAAAGUGAAAUUGAGGGGAUAGGAAAAAUUUCUAAUAAAGUAUGCGAGAAAACUAAGAGCAGUGAAUAAUACAUUCAAAAUUUUUUGAUAUUACAAGAAAAUCGUGCAUUUGAAUUUAUUAAUUUGUUUAUUGUCUAAUAAAAGAUGUUGCCUUAUUUAGUUUUAUA